CCUGCUAUUUAUGGCAUGUGGCUUGUAACUUUACUCCUGCUGUACUCUCUCCAAGAAGUACACAGUGAGGAUGUGAGCUCUACCAGGCUGUACUUUGUGAACGCUUCCCUGCAGAGGGUAACCUACUCCAGCUCGGUGGGGGUGUCCCUACCCUGUCCAGCAGGGGGCACCCCCAGUGCCAUUCUGCGCUGGUACCUGGCCACCGGCGACGACAUCUACGACGUGCCCCACAUCCGCCACGUGUACGCCAAUGGCACCUUGCAACUGUACUCCUUCUUGCCCUCCGCCUACAACAGUUACAUCCAUGACAACGACUACUUCUGCACAGCCGAGAACCAGGCGGGCAAGAUCCGCAGCCCCAACAUCCGCAUCAAAGCUGUUUUCAGGGAGCCCUACACUGUGCGGGUGGCGGACCAGCGCUCGAUGCGGAGCAACGUAGCCGUGUUCAAGUGCCUCAUCCCCACUGCCGUGCAGGAGUACGUCAGCGUCGUAUCCUGGGAGAGAGACACGGUCUCUAUCGUCCCAGGUAACAGGUUCUUGCUGACCUCCUUUGGAGCUCUGUACAUCUCAGAUGUCCAGAAGGAGGAUGCCCUCUCCACCUACCGCUGCAUUACCAGGCAUAAAUACAGCGGGGAGACGCGCCAAAGCAAUGGAGCCAGGCUCUCCGUCAUGGACCCCAAUGAGUCCUCACCCACCAUCUUGGACAGUUUUCAAGCAGGGGAGGUGUACGCGGGCCAGAGUAUCGAGCUCCCCUGCAUAGCGGGAGGUUACCCCAGCCCGACUGUGCGUUGGCUGAAAGAUGGCCGCCCGCUGCCCUCGGACGCCCGCUGGACACGGCGUUUGACGGGGCUGACCAUCAGCGACCUGCGACUGGAGGACAGCGGCAGCUACGCAUGUGAAGUCACCAACAGUUUUGGCUCCAAGGAAGUGUCUGGACAGCUUCACAUAAUAGAUCCACUUCGAGUGACCUUAUCCCCCAAGAACCUGAAAACCGGAAUUAGCAGCACGCUCUUCUUUACCUGCACUGUGGAAGGUUCUCCAGAAUACACCAUCAGCUGGUACCGGAACACGGAACCCAUCUUCCCCGAUCAGCACAUCUCCAUCCAGGGUCAACACAACGACACACUGCAGAUCACUGCGGCGCAAAAGUUCCACUCUGGGGCCUACCAGUGCUUUGCUUCCCGCAAGGGCCACACAUCUCAGGACUUUUCCAUCAUUCUGCUGGAGGACGGUACCCCACGGAUUGUGACGUCCUUCAGCGAGAAGGUGGUGAACCCCGGCGAGCCUUUCUCCCUGGUGUGUGAGGCCAAAGGAGCGCCGCCGCCCUCCAUCACCUGGACGCUAGACGACGAACCCGUGGUGCGAGACUCCAUCUACAAGACCAGCCAGUACACCCAUUCCGACGGCCUGACCGUGUCCCACGUCAACGUCAGCAACCCGCUCAUCCGAAACGGGGGAGUUUAUCGUUGCGUCGCACGCAACUCGGCCGGCAGCGCCGAGUACCAAGCGCGCAUAAACGUAAGAGGUCCACCCCGAAUCAGACCCAUGCGAGACAUGACGGCAGUGGCUGGCAGGAACACGUACAUUACGUGCCGUGUCAUUGGGUACCCUUACUACUCCAUUAAGUGGCUGAAGGACGGCAUGCAGCUGCCCGAUAAUCACCGCCAAGUGUUGUUUGACAAUGGCACCCUGCGGCUAACGGACGUGCAGAAGGGCGCCGACGAGGGCACCUACCUUUGUAGUGUUCUGAUCCAGCCGCAGGUGUCAAUCAACCAAACUGUGCAUGUUUCUGUUAAAGUGCCACCUCUCAUCCAGCCCUUCGACAUCCCCUCUACCUCAGUGGGGAAGCUCAUCUACAUAGCCUGCGUGGUGUCAUCCGGGGACAUGCCCAUACGCAUCACCUGGCACAAAGACGGCCAGCUCAUUGUGCCAGGGCCCACCUCCGGCGUUGCGAUCGAGACCAAAGAGUUCAUGAGCUCCCUCCAAAUUUCCAAGGUGACAUUAAAACACAACGGAAACUACACUUGCAUCGCCAGCAACGCCGCCGCCACCGUCAGCUGGGAGCGACAGCUGAUUGUUACCGUGCCACCGCGUUUUGUGGUGCAACCAAACAACCAGGACUGCAUCUACGGCAAAGCUGGAGUUCUCAACUGCUCGGUGGAGGGUUACCCACCUCCAAAAGUCAUGUGGAAACACGCUAAAGGUGUCGGAAACCCCCAGCAGUACCAUCCAGUCCCUCUCACCGGUCGCAUCCAGAUCAUGUCCAACGGGUCGCUGCUCAUCCGACAUGUACUGGAGGAUGACCGCGGGUACUACCUGUGUCAGGCCUCUAACGGAGUGGGCUCAGACAUCAGUAAGAGCAUGAUCCUCACUGUCAAGAUCCCCGCGAUGAUCACCAGCCACCCCAACACCACCAUGGCCAGGAAGGGCCAGACCAAGGAGUUGAACUGCACAGCUCGAGGCGAGCAGCCCAUCAUCAUCCGUUGGGAAAGAGGCGACACGGUCAUCGACGCCGAGAGAAACCCCCGUUAUUCCAUCACCAUCAACAAAAAGGGAGAUGAAGUCAUCUCCACCCUAAAGCUGAACCCAGCAGACAGAGGAGAUUCUGUCUUCUUCUCUUGUCACGCCAUAAAUUCCUACGGAGAAGGUCGAGGACUCAUCCAACUCACUGUGCAAGAACCGCCAGAUCCCCCUGAACUGGAAGUAAGAGAGGUGAAGGAUAGAAGUAUGAACCUACGCUGGAUCCAAAGGUUUGACGGGAAUAGCAUCAUCACAAGCUAUGACAUUGAGUACAAGAACAAGUCAGACUCGUGGGACCACAUGUACACAACCAGGAACAUCUCACCCACCAACAACCAAGCCAAUAUUGUCGAGCUGCACCCGGCUUGCGUGUACAGCAUCCGCAUGUAUUCCUACAACAAGAUUGGCCGGAGCCUUCCAAGCAAAGAGCUAACAAUCAGUACCGAAGAAGCACCACCUGAUGGACCACCAAUGGAUGUGAUCCUGCAGCCCAUGACAUCACAGAGCAUUCGGGUCACAUGGAGGGCACCCAAGAAGGAGCUGCAGAACGGUGUCAUCCGGGGCUAUCAGAUUGGCUACCGAGAAAACGGCCCAGGCAGCAAUGGCCAAUACAGCAUUGUGGAAAUGAAAGCUACCGGUGACAGUGAAGUAUACACCCUGGACAACCUCAAGAAGUUUGCCCAGUACGGAGUGGUGGUCCAGGCUUUCAACAGAGCUGGAACGGGGCCUUCUAGUACGGAGAUCAAUGCAACCACGCUGGAAGACGUACCCAGCGAACCGCCACAGAACGUACGAGCCAUCUCGGUCACGUCAGACGAGGCGGUGAUCACGUGGGCGGAGCCUCCACGGCUGACGCUGCACGGUGUGCUGAAAGGCUACCGGGUUGUGUUUUGGUCUCUCUUCCCCGACGGAGGUGGGUGCUGUGGGGGCCGGGCCCAAUGGCCAAUGCAGAAGUGGGGAGAGAUGCAGAACAUCACCACCACACGUGAGCAGGUGGAGCUGAGAGGACUGGAGAAAUUCACAAAUUACAGUGUUCAAGUGCUAGCGUAUACACAAGCUGGCGACGGAGUCCGCAGCAACGUGCUGUACAUCCAAACUCGUGAAGAUCUUCCCGGUCCACCGGCUGGCAUCAAGGCAGUUCCAUCCUCUCUGAGCAGCGUGGUGGUGUCCUGGUUGCCUCCCCAGAAACCUAAUGGUGUCAUCCGCAAGUACACCAUUUACUGCUCCAGCCCGGGUUCUGGACAGCCGGCGCCCAGUGAGUACGAGGCCAACCCAGAAAUGCUCUUCUACCACAUCACGCACCUGAGCCGAGGCAAACAAUACCACAUCUGGGCCGCUGCCGUCACCACCGCCGGCCGGGGCAACGUGAGCUCAAAGGUCAUAGUGGAGCCGGCCGGGAAAGUGCCAGCCAAAAUCUUGUCCUUUGGGGGAACGGUGACCACGCCCUGGAUGAAGGAAGUACGUCUGCCCUGCAAGUCUGUGGGGGACCCGGCUCCCACCAUCAAAUGGACCAAAGACAGUGAGGACUCGGCCAUUCCGGUGACCGCUGACAGUCAGCGGCAGAUCUUCUCCAAUGGCACACUCGUGCUGCGUUCAGUCAAAGCAGAAGAUUCGGGCUACUACACGUGUACGGCCACCAACACGCUUGGUUUUGACACCAUCAUUGUCAAUCUCGUAGUGCAAGUUCCUCCAGACCAGCCUCGCCUGACUGUCUCCACCACUUCCACCUCCUCCAUCACCCUGGCUUGGAUCCCGGGGGACAACGGUGGAAGUUCCAUCAGAGGCUUUGUGCUGCAGUAUUCAGUGGACAACACAGAAGAGUGGAGGGACGUUUUUAUCAGUUCCAGCGAACGUUCCUUCAGAUUGGACAAUCUACGCUGUGGAACGUGGUACAAGGUCAAGCUGGCAGCAAAGAACAGUGUGGGCUCAGGGCGCAUCAGUGAGAUUAUUGAAGCCAAAACACACGGAAGAGAGCCCGUGUUCAACAAGGACCAGCCGCUGCUCACCCACAUCAACUCGACCCACGCAGGCCUCAACCUGCAGGGUUGGACCAGCGGCGGCUGCCCCAUCACUGAUAUGAUGCUGGACUUCAGGCCCAAAGGCACUUGGGCUUGGCAGAGCCUCAAAGCCAACUCCACCACUCAGCUAUUCCUCAGUGAGCUACGGGAGGCUACCUGGUAUGAGCUCAAAAUGAAGGCCUGCAACAGUGCGGGCUGCGGCAACCAGAGUUCCCAGUUUGCCACCACCGAUUACGAUGGAAGUACAAUCCCUCCCAUCAAAUCGGCCCGCGGCGAGGGUGACGAUGUGAAGAAGUUGUUUUCCAUCGGCUCUCCUGUCAUCCUGGUCACCAUCGGUGUUGCCCUGCUCUUCAUUAUCCGCAAGAAGCGUAAAGAGAAAAGACUGAAACGACUUCGGGAUGCCAAGAGCCUCGCCGAGAUGCUCAUCAGUAAGAACAAUCGGAGUAUUGACACUCCUGUGAAGGGCCCGCCGCAGGGGCCACGGCUCCACAUUGACAUUCCUCGUGUGCAGCUGCUCAUUGAGGACAAGGAAGGGAUCAAACAAAUCGGAGAGGACAAAGCUGCGGUGCCAGUGACAGACACAGAGUUCAGCCAAUCAGUCAACCCGCAAAACUUCUGCACAGGCGUCUCUCUUCACCAUCAAGCCCUCAUCCAAAAUUCCGGACCUUUAAUUGACAUGUCCGAUAUCCGACCCGGCACGAACCCCGUUUCCAGAAAGAGCAUCAAAUCCGCUCACAGCUCCAGAAAUAGAUACUCCAGCCAGUGGACGCUCAGCCGACCCAGUCAGAGCCAGUCCACGGCUUCCGCACGAACUCUGACCUCGGACUGGCGGACCAUGGGCUCUCACGGCAUCACCGCCACUGAGAGCGACAGCUACAGCGCCAGCCUUUCUCAAGACACAGAUAAGGGGCGUAACAGCAUGGUGUCUACGGAGAGCGCCUCGUCCACCUACGAGGAGCUGGCCAGGGCGUACGAGCACGCCAAGCUGGAGGAGCAUCUGCAGCACGCCAAGUUCACCAUCACGGAGUGCUUCAUCUCCGACAGCUCUUCUGACCAAAUGACCACAGGCACCAACGACCCGGCCGACAGCAUGACCUCGCUGAGCACGCCGUCCGAGCCGGGCAUCUGCCGCUUCACCGCCUCGCCGCCCAAACCGCAGGACUACGACCGUGGUAAAAAUGUAGCUGUGCCCAUUCCUCAUCGCGCAAACAAAAGUAAGUUGAGAUCCUCUACUCGUGAAUUCUGCAACCUCCCCCUUUACAUGAAGACGGAUCCCUUCUUCCGCAAGCAAGGGGAGUUGCACGAUCCGUGCCCGGCCGUGCCCCCGCGGGAGGCGUCCAUCCGCAGCUUGACGCAGCGUGCGUAUCACACGCAGGGGCGCCACAAGACUCUAGACUCUGCCAAGCAGCAGGCGCUGACGCUGGGCCACUCGGGACUGGGCAGCUUGGGCGCCAGCUCGGGCACGGCCACCUUGCCCCAGAGGACUCUCACCAUGCCCAGCUCCAACGUGGCGGCUACCGCCUCCACGUCCAGCACGAGCAGCAACCCCACCAACAGCAGCAACAAGAUGGGAGGCUCCAGAGACUCGCUGCUGGAGAGCAGCUCCUCCGCGCUGGGCCGGCUGCAGAAACAAAGCGCGGGGGCUUACUCCAAGUCCUACACACUGGUUUAG